CCAUUAAAAAGGUUGCGUGUAACUAACGCUUAAUACGUGUCAAACUCUUAUUCGGUAUUGCUUCACAGCCAUAGCUUUCUCGUGACCGAGUCUUGCUCAUCCUCUUGUAUAAAUCAAACCCUAAACACCUCUUCUCAUUCACAAAUCGAUAAACAAAUUUUUCAACUCUCUCUCUCUUUCUCUCUCGCGAAUUACGAUCAAGAUGCAGAUCUUCGUGAAGACUCUCACCGGAAAGACCAUCACCCUUGAGGUGGAGAGCUCGGACACCAUCGACAACGUCAAGGCCAAGAUUCAGGACAAGGAGGGAAUCCCACCGGACCAGCAAAGGCUUAUCUUCGCCGGGAAGCAACUCGAGGAUGGACGUACUCUCGCUGAUUACAACAUCCAGAAGGAGUCGACCCUUCAUCUCGUCCUCAGGCUCCGCGGUGGUAUGCAGAUCUUCGUUAAGACUCUCACCGGAAAGACUAUCACACUCGAGGUGGAGAGCUCCGACACCAUCGACAACGUCAAAGCUAAGAUCCAAGACAAGGAGGGUAUUCCUCCCGACCAGCAGCGUUUGAUCUUCGCCGGCAAGCAGCUCGAGGACGGCAGAACUCUCGCUGAUUACAACAUCCAGAAGGAGUCGACCCUUCACUUGGUGUUGCGUCUCCGUGGUGGCAUGCAGAUCUUUGUGAAGACUCUUACCGGAAAGACGAUCACCCUCGAAGUUGAGAGCUCCGACACCAUUGACAACGUCAAGGCUAAGAUUCAGGACAAGGAGGGAAUCCCUCCAGACCAACAGCGUCUCAUCUUCGCUGGCAAGCAGCUUGAGGAUGGUCGCACCCUUGCCGACUACAACAUUCAGAAGGAGUCAACCCUUCACUUGGUGUUGCGUCUCCGUGGUGGCUUUUAAGUCUCUUGUCCUGUGUCGUAUCAUGAAACAACAAUGUCUGCGUUUCUUUAAAACUUAUCAUGGUUUGUGUGUUGGAGGCGUUAAAAGCCUCUAUUAAAUAAUUGAUGAACUCUGUUUCCUAUCU